CUGACGUCAUCAUGUAUACAGUCCUGCCAAGAUGGCGGACAACAUCCCUCUCCACCCUGUCAGGAGCAUCCAGAAAAAGAAUGCGUAUUACCACGAGGGGAGACACAACAGAUACCAAGUGGAAGAUGAAUCUUCCCAUUUGGAUGAGAUGCCCCUCAUGAUGUCUGAAGAAGGGUUUGAAAAUGAUGAGAGCGACUACCACACUUUGCCAAGGGCCCGAGUCAUCCAAAAAAAGAGAGGCCUUGGGUGGUUUGUUUUGGGUGGAUGGAAACUUCUUUGUACAAGUUGCUGUGACUGGCUGGCAAACACGUGUCGUAGGAAGAAAGAGCUCAAAGCACGGACAGUCUGGUUGGGUUGCCCUGAGAAAUGUGAAGAGAAGUAUCCAAGGAAUGCAAUUAAAAACCAGAAAUAUAAUAUCUUUACCUUUGUACCUGGGGUGUUAUAUCAGCAGUUCAAAUUUUUCUUGAACUUGUAUUUCCUGGUGGUUUCCUGUUCACAAUUUGUUCCAGCACUGAAAAUUGGCUACCUUUACACUUACUGGGCACCAUUGGGCUUCGUUCUUGCAGUCACAAUGGUGCGGGAGGCUGUGGAUGAGUACCGACGGUAUACAAGAGAUAAAGAAAUGAACUCCCAGAUGUACAGCAAGCUCACUGUUCGAGGCAAAGUGCAAAUGAAGAGCUCUGACAUACAAGUGGGAGACCUAAUUAUAGUAGAAAAGAAUCAGAGGAUCCCUGCUGAUAUGAUUUUCCUCAGGACAUCAGAAAAAAAUGGUUCAUGUUUCAUUCGUACUGAUCAGCUGGAUGGUGAGACUGACUGGAAGCUUAAGAUUGCUGUAGGUUGUACACAGCGAUUGCCUGCAUUAGGGGAUCUAUUUUCAAUCAAUUCAUAUGUGUAUGCACAGAGACCACAACAAGACAUCCACAGCUUUGAAGGCACUUUUACUCGGGAAGAUUCUGAUCCACCAGUCCAUGAAAGUCUCAGCAUUGAAAACACUCUCUGGGCCAGCACCAUAGUAGCUUCUGGUACUGUAAUAGGAGUUGUUAUAUACACAGGAAAAGAAACAAGAAGUGUCUUGAAUACAUCUAAUCCAAAGAAUAAGGUUGGCCUUUUGGACUUGGAGCUGAACAGCUUAACAAAAGCUUUAUUUCUGGCACUUGUUGUUUUAUCAGUAGUGAUGGUGGCUCUACAAGGCUUCGCCGGACCGUGGUAUCGCUACCUGUUUCGGUUUAUACUACUGUUCUCUUACAUCAUUCCAAUCAGCUUGCGUGUUAACCUGGACAUGGGAAAAGCAGCUUAUGGAUGGAUGAUAAUGAAGGAUGAAAACAUUCCUGGUACAGUCGUGAGAACAAGUACCAUUCCAGAAGAACUCGGGCGAUUGGUGUACUUACUUACUGACAAAACAGGUACACUGACACAAAAUGAGAUGGUAUUCAAGCGCCUCCACCUGGGCACUGUGUCCUAUGGGACAGAUACGAUGGACGAAAUCCAAAGCCACAUUGUACAGUCGUAUGUCCAGGUCACUGGCCAACCUGCUGGAAGCAGCAGCAGCUCCACUCCAUCCCGCAAACCUCAGCCACCACCUCCAAAAGUUCGCAGGAGUGUUAGCAGCCGCAUUCAUGAAGCUGUGAAGGCAAUCGCCUUGUGUCAUAACGUAACACCAGUGUACGAAUCUCGAGCUGGGGUCACCGGCGAGACCGAAUAUGCAGAAGCUGACCAAGAUUUCAGUGAUGAGAACCGUACUUAUCAAGCGUCAAGUCCAGAUGAGGUGGCCCUGGUGCAGUGGACAGAGAGCGUUGGCCUGACAUUAGUUAACAGAGACCUGACCUCAAUGCAGCUGAAGACCCCUGGUGGACAAAUUCUCACAUUUUACAUCUUACAGAUUUUCCCAUUUACAUCAGAAAGCAAAAGAAUGGGAAUCAUUGUUAGGGAGGAGUCAACAGGUGACAUUACAUUUUAUAUGAAGGGAGCUGAUGUGGCAAUGUCCAGCAUUGUACAGUAUAACGAUUGGCUAGAAGAAGAGUGUGGUAACAUGGCAAGAGAAGGCCUGCGCACUCUAGUGGUCGCCAAAAAGGCCUUAUCAGAGGAACAGUAUCAGGAUUUUGAGAACCGUUAUAAUCAAGCCAAGCUAAGUAUACACGAUCGAGCUUUAAAAGUGGCAGCUGUCGUGGAGAGUCUGGAGCGUGAAAUGGAACUUCUGUGUCUUACAGGGGUGGAGGACCAGCUUCAGGCUGAUGUCAGGCCUACACUGGAGUUGCUGAGAAAUGCAGGAAUUAAGAUAUGGAUGUUGACUGGAGAUAAAUUGGAAACAGCUACGUGUAUUGCCAAGAGCUCGCACUUGGUAUCCAGAAACCAGGAUAUCCACAUCUUCAGACCAGUAUCAAAUCGAAGUGAAGCACAUUUAGAGCUUAAUGCCUUUAGAAGGAAACAUGACUGUGCUUUAGUCAUUUCAGGAGAUUCUCUUGAGGUUUGUCUGAAGUACUAUGAUCACGAGUUUGUGGAGCUGGCUUGUCAAUGCCCUGCAGUGGUCUGCUGUCGGUGCUCUCCCACUCAGAAGGCUCAGAUAGUAAAGCUACUGCAACAGCACACUGGCAAGCGUACCUGUGCCAUAGGUGAUGGAGGGAAUGAUGUCAGUAUGAUCCAAGCAGCUGACUGUGGAAUCGGAAUUGAAGGGAAGGAAGGGAAACAAGCUUCACUUGCUGCUGAUUUCUCAAUUACACAAUUCAAGCACAUUGGCAGAUUAUUAAUGGUGCACGGCCGCAACAGCUACAAACGCUCUGCCGCACUUGGCCAGUUUGUCAUGCACCGAGGCCUAAUCAUUUCUACAAUGCAGGCAGUGUUUUCUUCAGUGUUCUAUUUUGCAUCUGUUCCUUUAUACCAAGGAUUUCUCAUGGUAGGAUACGCAACAAUCUACACCAUGUUUCCAGUUUUCUCUCUAGUCUUAGAUCAAGAUGUAAAACCUGAAACUGCACUGCUCUAUCCCGAACUUUACAAGGAUCUGACAAAGGGUCGAUCGCUAUCAUUUAAAACCUUCUUGAUUUGGGUUUUAAUCAGUAUAUAUCAAGGAGGAAUAUUAAUGUAUGGAGCACUGCUGCUUUUCGAGUCCGAGUUUGUGCAUGUUGUGGCCAUUUCUUUUACUGCCCUGAUCCUAACAGAGCUACUUAUGGUGGCAUUGACGAUCAGAACAUGGCACUGGUUAAUGGUGGUUGGUGAAUUCCUCAGUCUUGGCUGCUAUGUGGCCUCACUUGCCUUCCUAAAUGAGUAUUUUGGUAUAGGCAGAGUGUCUUUUGGAGCUUUCUUAGAUGUCAUCUUCAUCACAACCCUGACCUUCCUAUGGAAAGUGUCGGCGAUAACUGUUGUAAGCUGUCUUCCUCUUUACAUCCUGAAGUACUUGAAGCGCAAGUUCUCUCCGCCAAGUUAUUCCAAGCUUACCUCAUGAAUCUGACUGGAUGUCUUAUUGUGACACUUUUUCAUGGAUGCGCCGCUGGGUGCCCGAGAAGGCAAGAAUGUCUUUGAUUGGGUGAAAACCAGAAGGGUGGACAGGCAAAGCGUAUAUCCAGGCAGAGCACAAAAUGGAGAGAGGGUUUCCCGUGAGUGUAAGACGGUGUGCAGUAAUGGACUUUAUUAAAUGAAGAUAACGCAACUGGAAUCCGCGUUUUAAACUGUUUAGAUUGUCUUCGGUUAUUUUUCAUUUUGUUUUUUAAGAGCCAUUGAACUCCUCUGCCAAUGCUUUUUUUUAUUUAUCAAGCUCAUUUACCAUAAAAGACAGAUAACUUUGCAAGUGGCAACUUUUUUUCCUUUUUUUUUUUAUAUCUGGAAUCAUUAACAUUAGGAUCUCAUGACUUUAGAAUGCUUUUCCAUAAAGUGUUUCGCUGCUAACCUGAUUUAACUCGUAAGACGACAAUUAUUAAUAAUAUUGCACUAAGGUUAUUAAGUACAGAAUUAUGGGAGCACUGUGUUAUUUGUUCUGGGAACAACGGUAUUGAGUACAUUUCCAGCACUCCUCUUUUGUGAAACUUGAUGAGCGAAAAACAAAGCCGAAAAUGUGCCAGAGUUGCACAAAGUCAGAAGAUGCACAUUUUGCUUUUCUGGUUUGCACAGAUUCCCUGUUUUAUCUGCAUAUCUUGUGUUCCAAGCAUACAGUUUUUCGUGCACUUUUCUAAAUCAAAUAUCGUUUCCCCAAGCCUAGUUAUAGAGAGAGCAAUUUGUGAGUGCGUGUCUGUGUGUGCCCGCCAUGGCAUGGCUAGCUUUAUUAUCUGUGUGACAUUUUGAUUAUUAAUGACUCAUAUAUCUUGGAUUCAUCUUUACUUAUAUUUCUCAGGUAGAAAAUAUCUUCCUUAAGCUUUGGUGUCAUUUUCACAGAAAUGCUAUUCAGGACAUUCAGAAAAGCUAAAGAGUGCAUCAGUUUCAGAGUGGGCACCAAGCACUUGACGGCUUUGCAUUUUUAGGUUGCGUGAAGUUACUAGAAGCUCCCAGUUUUAUUUUAUUUUAUUUUUUAUAUUACUCAACAUUGAAAUCCCACUCCAUAUUUACAGUUGAACUCAAAUCUUGUGCUUGACUCUACAGUAAGAGAGCAUUUUACGGUAUUCAUUUCAUCAGUGUUCGACUUCCUGGCGAUCACAUCAUUCCAGUAGAAGCUGUUUCGUUUUGUUGAAGUAAGUUACUGAUUUAGUUGUAAAUCUUUUUGGACGAGGGGGUUGGUUGAUUGGGGGUCUGUUCUUUGUAUUUAUGAAUUCUGCUCUUGGUUAAACAGCAAUAAAUUUCUUUUUCUUUUUUUUUUUUUGUCCCUUUUUCAAAAAAUAAAAAUCCAACCAUGUCAUUUG